AGCUGCCGGGGUUCUCCACGAGGGCUGAGGAGAAGGCCUGCAGGCGGCUCCCGGGGCUGCGUGAAGCGGGCCGCUGCCCUGUCAGCGCGAUGCGCGGUCGGGCGGCAGCGGCUGUGAGCCCCGCGCCACCCCGGCCGUGACCGCCACGCCACGCCACGCCGGACCGGGCCGGGCCGGGCCGGGCGGCUGGGGGCCGUUGGACGUCUGUUUUCGCAGCCUUCCCCUCCCCCCCGUCUUCGGAGACUCCUCCCCCUCGCGGCCGCCGCCCCUCCCCCUUACACACCCGCACGCACUAUCGCGCCGGCUCCCACACGCUCGCGCGCCUCCGUGUCGGCCGGCGACGUGCAGGGCCCGCCGAGCCACCAUGUCCACUGCCUCCUCCUCCUCCAGUUCCUCUCAGACCCCUCAUCCCCCGCCGCAGAGGAUGCGGCGCAGCGCCGCGGGCUCCCCGCCCGCCUCCGCCACCGCCGCCACCGGCACCGGGAGCGGGAACGGUGCGGGCGGAGGCGGCGGCGGCGUGGGCUGCGCCCCGGCUGCGGGCAGCGGCCGGCUGCUGCAGCCCAUCCGCGCCACGGUGCCCUACCAGCUGCUGCGGGGCAGCCAGCACAGUCCCACGCGCCCGCUCGCAGCCGCCUCCGCCGCCUCGUUGGGCAGCCUCCCGGGGCCCGGCGCGGCCCGCGGCCCCAGCCCGCCCAGCCCGACGCCGCCGGCGGCCGCAGCUCCGCUCGAGCAGGCGCCGCGGGCCAAGGGCCGCCCGAGACGGUCCCCUGAGAGCCACCGGAGGAGCAGCUCACCUGAGAGAAGGAGCCCCGGCUCGCCCGUGUGCAGAGUGGAGAGGCCAAAAUCUCAGCAAGUUCGAACCUCUAGUACAAUAAGGCGGACCUCUUCUUUGGAUACGAUCACGGGACCUUACCUCACAGGACAGUGGCCACGGGACCCUCAUGUUCACUACCCUUCAUGCAUGAAAGAUAAAGCUACUCAGACACCCAGCUGUUGGGCAGAGGAGGGAGGAGAAAAGAGGUCAUCACAUCAGCGCUCCGCGUCGUGGGGAAGUGCUGACCAACUCAAAGAGCAGAUUGCCAAACUGAGGCAGCAGCUGCAGCGCAGUAAGCAGAGUAGUCGGCACAGUAAGGAGAAAGAUCGGCAGUCCCCUCUUCACGGCAGCCAUAUAACAAUCAGUCACACUCAGGCCUCUGGAUCAAGGUCAGUCCCCAUGCCACUGUCCAGCAUAUCAGUGCCAAAAUCAUCUAUUUCACGUGUGCCCUGCAAUGUAGAAGGAAUAAGUCCUGAAUUAGAAAAGGUAUUCAUUAAAGAGAAUAUUGGAAAGGAGGAAGUGUCUAAGCCUCUGGACAUCCCCGAUGGUCGAAGAGCUCCGCUGCCUGCUCACUACCGCAGCAGCAGCACCCGCAGCAUCGACACGCAGACCCCCUCUGUGCGGGAGCGCAGCAGCAGCUGCAGCAGUCUUUCGCCCUGUGUCUCCCCAUUCUGUCCCCCGGGAUCCCAGGACGGCAGCCCCUGCUCCACAGAGGAUCUACUCUACGACCGUGAUAAAGACAGUGGGAGUAGCUCACCGUUACCCAAGUAUGCUUCAUCUCCCAAACCAAACAACAGCUACAUGUUCAAACGGGAGCCCCCCGAGGGAUGUGAGCGAGUGAAGGUCUUUGAGGAAAUGGCGUCUCGCCAGCCUAUCUCGGCCCCUCUCUUUUCAUGUCCUGACAAAAACAAGGUUAAUUUCAUCCCAACUGGAUCAGCUUUCUGUCCUGUAAAACUUCUAGGCCCUCUCUUACCUGCCUCUGACCUGAUGCUCAAGAACUCUCCGAACUCCAGCCAGAGCUCAGCCCUGGCCACUCUCACCAUGGAGCAGCUCUCCUCCCGGGUUUCCUUGACUUCCCUUUCUGAGGACACCAGCCCAGCAGGCCCCACAGAGGCCUCGGUCCCGCAGCCAGCCCAGCAGCAGCAGCUCCUGCAGGAACUGCAGGGCGAAGAGCCCCUCGCUGCGCAGAGCUUUGUGGUCAUCUAACGCCCAGCGGUAGGGGGGAGCCGGCCUCCUCCCACCUUGCUCAGAUGAGGCCUCUGUCUGCAUGGAGUGAUAGGCUUUCCAAACACCACUGACUCCACCAACGAAACACUCGGCAGCGUCAUCAAGUAUCUUCACACUGAUCUUGGCAGGGACGGGACUCCUAUCCAGCAGAUUUUGUGGAAAGCAGUAAUGCUUGUGAAAUGUGUGUGUCAUUCAGCAUUUUAAGUGGAGACUAUGCAUUUCAUAGUAUGUUUGACAAAUUAGUACUGUGUCCUGUGUUUUGUUCCAAAUUCUUCAGUAUAAAUAAGCUCUAUAUCAAAAAGUUGCCUGUCUAAAUAGAAAAUGUCUUGCUGUGUUUUGUCCUAUGGAAAAUACUGUACUUCAGGAUUAUGUUUACAAUUGAUCCAGGUGUUUGUUCUAACUUCUGUAACACAUACAAUGCAAAAAAUGGCCACAACAAUUGCACAGUGCCCACCCUAUGGCCUAGCUUCAGGUACUUCAGUUGAAGUCUAAACUCAGGUAACUUGGAAUGUAUAUCAUAUUGGGAUAUUAAAUAUUUCACAGCUAAAAAGCUAAAGAGGGAACAUCACUCUUCUGCCUUUCCUUAUUUUAUGCAUUUCCUUUUCCUCGUUACAUUCCACAUUCUUAGAAUAAGCAGUGCAUUCAACCCAAGAAGGAGAGUCCUGGACAUGGGUGAACAUGAGAACCAGCAAAUCUGUGGUGUGUGACAUCGCUUUUGUCAUGUGGUUUGAGUAAAACAACUGUCGCAUUUACUGUUUCAGCAUGUGUCCGUGUGGCUUUUGUUCAAGUUCAGGUGUUGCUCAGUAAGUGACUGUUACAUUGUUGCAAAUGAAGUGUUGAGUACUAGACUGUUUGUAAACAUUCCUCAUCCUGUGUGAUGAAGUGGAAACCUGGGAGUGUCUAGGUUUCAUUGUAAAGCAAGUGAAGUUUCACAAGGAAUAAGGUUGGAUUUUCUCUUGAUGUUAUUCAGAGCCCUGACUGCUGCCUGCUUAGCUAAAGGCAUCUUUGUGUUUAGUUUCUCUUUGGAAGACGGUUUCAUUUGUAGAUUUG